CACUUGUCAGUGUCAAAUAAACCAAAACACGGGCACGUGCGAGCACAGAGUACUUUAUUAUAUACUGGAACGUGCGAGGUGCAAGUGAACGAGUUUCAAUUUGGGAUCAAAAGCUUUAUAUAAUCAGAAAAAUAACAUCAUUACGAACAAAAAUGCAGUUCUAAAUAUUGUGAAACAUUAUUAUCAUAUCCUGUAAGUAAGGUUCCAAAAUGAAAAGCAAACCUGUAAAACAUAAAACAACCAACACAUUCAGAUUCAUUCCGUUCGCGGAGAGAAUCAAUUCUAUUGAUAUUCGCCAUGCCGCACUGUAUCACAUAGAACACGCUUACACGACCCACCCAGGGGAAAACGAAACGCACUUCCACUUGGCGGUACAAAAAUGGCACGCUCUAAAUUUAACCGAGAAUUUCAAGAAGUUUAAAAAGGAAGUUUUCGGUGUGGUCACAGUAGCGCAGUUGAUACAUAAAAAAGAUGAAGUUUUAGAAAUAUUAGAGAAGUAUUUGAAUUUGGAGGACCAGUUGUGUCUACAGCCCUUGUUAGAAAUAUUAGUAUCAUUGGCAAAAGAUUUAAGAAGUGACUUUUACCCGCAUUUUCCUAAGUUUCUUGACAUUCUUUUGAGACUUUUAAAUACAAAAGAUGCAGAAAGAUUGGAAUGGGCACUCAUUUGUUUGGCCUUUUUGUUCAAAACACUUAAACCAUACCUGAAGAAGGACAUAGGAGUGGUUUUGACAAGGAUCAUACCACUUUUGAGUGAGAGCCAGCCACAGUACAUAAAUAAUUUUGCAGCAGAAAGUUUUGCAUUUGUUGCUAGAGAUAUAAGGGAUAAAAAGAAGUUUAUAGAGUUGAUGCUUGUUUAUUUAAAGAAAAACGAUAGUGCUAUAACUGGUUGUGGUCAUCUUAUAUUUGAAAUAUUAAAAGGAGUAUCAAACAAGUUUCACAGCUGUAUAGAAAACUUUUUUCCAAUAUUAUUUGAGCACUUAAAAGAGAAAAAGGAAGAUCAAGAAACACUAUUUAAAGUAAUGACACAGACAGUAGAAGAUUGCUUACAGGGCAUAUCACAUAAAGAGUUUCAUAUAUUCUGGACUAAUCUACAAAAGUUUGUGGAACACUGUUUAGCUGAUGAGGAGGAAAAUCCAGGUCUAGAAUACAUCAUGAGGCUAGCAGGUCAAGUGAUUGAACACCAGAAUGGUAAAUUCCUGACAAAUCCACCCCAGUUUGCCUUACUUCUUAUAAAAGUUAUAUGCUCACAAUCUGCAGAAAGUAUAUUGGAAGUUUGCGCUCAAAUAGGAUCCUUACUGCUCUUGUCGUCGAAUAUAACAUUGUCUCAGGAGCAUGCAGGCAUUAUUGUUAAAGUCCUACUGCCGUUGCCUUUCCCGAAAAUUCUGAUGAACUUCGUCAAAAAUGUUAUGGAUUACUCCCAAUUUGAUAUGCACAUUUUGCCACCAUUUGUAAAGUUUGUACUGCAAUCGGAUUUUGAUGAUGAAGCUGUAUCAACUCUAGCCCAAGUUUGCCUCAAUAAAUCUCCGUUGUCCAAAAAUGGUCUAAAACUCUUUGAAUGGGUGAAAUACCCUCUGGAUUUUGGCAAAGGACUACCAUCACUUAUGAAUUAUGUGAAGAAGGUUUUAAGCCAAAAUGAAGAAACCACUAUUGAAAAUCCUUUAAAAUUAUUAAAUGUACUUUUCAUAUUGCCACAUGUCGCAAAAGUUAAUGUAGAAUUAUGUGUCACGGAACUGAGCGCACUUAUUUCAAAACUUUUGAAGUUGCUGCUUAUUUAUAACAUUGAGCAGACAGUGGAAUGCAAUAAAUUUCAUCAUGAAGAUACAGGAUUAAUGAAGCAAGCUCGCAAAGCUAUGUUUGUGCUGGCCAAUGCAAUAGAAUGCGCCAUUCAUAUAUCCAGUUGCAAAAAUAUUGGCAAAAUAUGUGAUAAAGAUGACUUGCUGCCUGUGCUCUUACCAUGCGCGGCUAACCCUAGUUUUGUUGUGUCCUUACACACAUUAGAUCUAUAUUUGACGGCAUAUGAACAAGAAAACGGUCUGAAUUACCCUAUGCUAUCAUUAAUAGAUUCAUUUUUAAGAUGUAAUGUGUCAUCUCCUUUCCACAUGAUUCGUUUGUUGACUACCCACAUUUAUAAACUAUUCGAAAAUAUAGAGGAGCUCAACAAAACUGUGGAAGUAGGAGGGGAAAUGGAAAGAUUUGAAAUAUUCACUAGAUGCUUUAGUGUGGAAUCGAUAACUCCUUCUAUCCAAGAGUAUAGAGUGCAAAUAAAUACACUACAGAAAAUGACAUUUAAUACAACCCAAUAUGAGUUGGCCAAGGAAACAGAUUUUCACUUUUAUGCCUUAAAUUAUAUGCAUGGUGUUCUGUUUUUCAACUUUAAAUUGCUCUGGGAGCCUGUUGUGGAAUUCAUAGCGUCAUACGGCAAUGCUCUACCGAUUGAAGAAUUUUGGCCGACCUUUCACAAAUCCCUAGAAUUUGCUUUUAAUAACGCCAAGAAGAAUUUCAAGUCAUUCCAAUUCGAUUGCGAUAUAGAGAUCGACAACGAAUAUGUCACUAGACUGUAUGCUGAAUGUAAUAAUUUAAAAGAAAGACCUGAUCUGUAUAAUUACAGGACUUUACUCUUAAAAGUUAUGGGGAACUGCAUUCAAGUGUGUGAAGCUAAGAAUAGGGAUGUUGUUAUACUGUUUCUAAAGUUUAUAGAUGAAGAAUAUAGACGAAACGACAAAACGAAUGCUCUCAAAGUAGAUAUGGAAGCACAUAAUAAGAAUGAAAUGGAAGUAGACGAUAUUCAUGAUGAUGAUAUAGAUAUAGAGAAAACAAUUGAAAAAGAAAAUAGCUAUCUUGACUCUGCUACUGGCAAGAUAAUAUUUAAAACACUCAUAAAUAUUAUGCAAGUCCUAGCACAAUUCAAAAAUCCAAGGGCACUUUAUAAGGAACCAAUAUUCUGGGAUCUGUACAUGGAAUUUCUGAAGCACAAAAAUCCUGGAUUGCAGAAAUAUGCAUUAGAUUGUGUGUUGAAUUACAAGAACAAAAGUGUUGUAGCUUACAAGAGCCAAUUGUAUAAUUUGGUAGAUGAAAAUAAGUUUAAAGACGCAAUGACUCAAUUUAAAAUAACAGAAGAUUCACAAGCCAUACAGCUUGAAGAUAGGGAACAUGUUGUGCCGAUAAUUUUGAGGAUAUUGUACGGUAAAAUGACGUCGAAACUUGGUGCCGAUAAAAAAGGCGGAGGCCAAACUCGAAGAUCUCUCGUCAUGAGGUAUUUGAGUGGUUGUAAUGAGAGUGAACUACGAAUGUUCAUUGAAAUGGCGUUCGAAAAUCUCAAAGAAAACAUGAGUUUACAACCUAAAGAAAUUUACGAGAAUAUUGUCAAGAGUAUUGAUUUGAAAUCUGUUACUAGUCCAGGAAAGUUACAUAGCGUAUUAAAUCUCUUUGAUGUAGUCAGAGAAUAUUUUGGUGGAUAUAUGAAAGAUCAACUGCUGUCGGAUCUAUUUAAAAUAUAUUAUGCGGUUUGCUCCAAUUUGGGGGCAGUUUUAACCCAAACUGAUAAAGUUCAUACUGGUUAUGUAAAAACUAUUAAACAUUUGCGAACCAUCGCACUUGGCAUAUUAGGGAAAUUGUUUGACCAGUUUGAAAGAUACUGUUGGACCCCAGAUGAGUUGUUUGUAAUAUACAAAACUUUGAUAUGGCCGAUACUGCCAAAGCUGCAUAUAGAAGGAAUACAUAGUCCAACUGCUCUCCUAAAACUUAUUAACACGUGGUGCCAAAAUCCAAAAUACUAUGUUUUACUUGUUACGUGUCCAGCAAAUGAUGUAUCUAAUAAUGCAGUUUCAGCUAUAUUCAAACUGCUCUUAGCUCCUAAAACUGUUCCUGGAGUAGUGAAUAUGAUUUUGGAUAUGGUCGAAAAACUUUUAACACUAACAACAGACGAGGACGACAAAGAAGUAGUUGAAAUAAAGUCAUUUAACACACUGGAAAUCAGUAGCGACAGAAGUGACAUAAACUAUGGAAGUAAAAUAUUGAUUCCACAUCUACCAAAUAUUUUAGAAGUAAUGAAACGGCGUAUCGCAAAUACAGCUAAAUCUAAUACUGUUAAUAAAAGGGAUUUGUUGAUUCUGUCACGCGUUACAGAAAUGGUGACUACUCCUGAAAUGUGUGAUGAAUUGCUCAGUCUACUUUUGCCAAUAUUAGUAAAAAAAGUUUGUAUGAACAUGGCAGAAGAGAAUAUGGAACAUGCCAUUACAACUAUUAUUAAUUUACUAGGCCACAGUACGAACCCACAGGUGUACAUCAAAAAUAUUGCAGUACUAUUCAACAAAGUUAGUCUAGUUGAAGUCAGAAAACUUCUAAUAAAACUAUUAACAUCUAUGGCUGAAAAUGCUAAGAGUGACAAGGAGGCUUUAACAAAAAUAGCCGAUGUAAUAACCGAAAUGAAUGCUUUUAAUAAAAGGUGGAUUGAGCAACCAGAUUUUGACAGAAGACUGGAUGCAUACAAGGAAAUAUAUAGAAUGGUUGAUAACAAUGAAAUUGGAGUUGAUCUAGCAAUACUCAUCGUAAACAAUUGUUUCUUCUUUAUUCGAACUGAAAAGGAUAUCGGUUUACGAGACAGUGCUGGUCUAUGCUUGAAAAAGAUCUUGCCUAAACUACUAAUGAAAUAUCGAUCUAGUCCGAACGGCCAGUUUUUAGUAAGAGAUACAGUACUAUCUCUUAUAUCUACUGGUAUAAGAGAUACAAAAAACGAAGUGCUACAUAAUGAGAGUAUACAAUUAUUGGGUGAGUUAGCACGAGAAUGUCCUGACGCGGAUGUUGUCUUAUCAGAUUUAGCACAUUUCACUAACAAGCAAGAUCUAGAAGUAGAUUUCUUCGAGAAUUCAUGCCAUUUACAACUACAUAGAAGAGUAAGAGCGUUGCUAAAAUUUUCGAAAGUGGCUAGAAAAAUGAAUAAAUGUCCUACUCCUAGAACUUUGACUAAUUUCAUUUUGCCGUUAGCAACUAUGUAUAUCUGUGAUGACAAAUAUUCAGAUAAGAAUUCUCUAAUAGACGCAUGCAUUGAAACAAUAGCUACAUGCUGUAGGCUUCUACCGUGGUAUCACUAUGAGGUUAUACUGAAAUUGUAUUUAAACAAAAUGCGCCAUUCUACGGAACAUCAGAAACAGUUGACUCGAAUACUCGUGGCUAUUCUUGAUGUAUUCCAUUACGACUUCUCUAAAGUGAAAAAUAUUGAGAUCCCUAGAGCACUGACGACAAACAUAAGGUCAUUUAAGGGCAAUAAAUCAGAUAAACUAGCAAAGGAUAAUGAGAAGAUUGUUGAUGAUAACAUGAAAUCAGAAAAAGAUAACUCUGAAAAAGAAUCGAAAGUAGGCGAUAGUGAAAGUAAAGAAAAUAAAGAAGAUAACGAAAAUGAUGAUUCAGAUUCUGAAAGUGAUGCAAAUGAAGAUUUAGAAGCGAUGGAAACUGAUUUACUUACUGUUGAUGAUAAGGUAGACGAAGAACAAGGCAAUAACGAAGCAGCAACUAUACCGGCAUUUGAGAGAGUGACUAUUGUUUCUCCGUCUGUAGGAAAUAGGAUCAUCAAAUCUUUGACUACUGGGUUGCUGCCACAACUAAAUCGAGCUAUCGGAAAACUGACUGAACACGAAGAGUCCCACAAGGUGAAUCGUCGCAAAACGGGAUUUAUUCGUCAGGAGGAAGACAUGUUGCGUGUACCGAUAGCGUUGGCGCUUGUCAAGCUACUACAGAGACUGCCUGGAGAGAUAUUGAAGCAUCAAUUGCCUGGAAUAAUCAUCAAACUCUGUUCAUUUUUGAAGUCACCGUUAAAGCAAGUUAGAAUAACCGCCAGGGAUAUAGUGAAGAAAAUUAUGUUAACAGUUGGCACAUCUUAUCUAGGUAUACUUUUGGAGCACCUAACUCUGCUGCUGACUAGAGGUUUCCAAGUUCAUGUGUUAGUAGCUACCAUACAUACAGUGUUAGAAGCACUGAAAUCUGACUUCAAACCUGGGGAUAUAAACGACAAUAUAAACUAUAUCCUAGAUGUAUGCACUAACGACCUAUUUGGAGCUCUAUCAGAGGAAAAAGAGGUUGAAAAGCUACAUUAUAAAACGCCAGAAGCAAAACCAAGUAAAAAGAGUUAUGUGACUUUGAUGAUAGCUGCCCAAAAUAUCACAGAACAGUGUUUAAUCAAUCUACUUUUACCAUUCAAAGAGGUAUUACAGAAACAUCAUUCAAAGAAGGUUGUAGUAAAAGUCCAAGAAGCGUUAAUGCAUAUAACUACUGGAUUAGUUACAAAUAAAUAUAUUGACUUGGAGUCUUUAUUCGUUUUCCUACAUGGUGUCGCAUCGGAGAGUAUACCAGAGUUUGUUUUGAGUGCCCCAAAGAGAGAGUUAACUGAGGCACAGAGGGAGAAAAUGUUACGAGCGAAGCCGGACUGUUUUCUUAUACCGGAAACUCCUAAACGAAAUAAGGAGUCUCAAGCUAGACAUGUACGCACAUCUUCUAAAACCAACGCUCAUGUUUUGGUCGAAUUCAGUUUGAAUAUUCUGUAUGUUAUACUCAAAAGAGAGAAGGUACCUAGGAUGGAUUGUAAGGCCUUCGUCGAUCCUUUGAUACCUAUACUAGUGGACGCUUUAAACAGUGAUCAUGUUAAAGUUACUACUGUUGCACUAAAAUGUAUAACUACGCUAUGGACAAUACGCGUAACUACGCCUACUCUGGAGGAAAUGACCAAAGAUAUCGUCAAAACUACCUUCACGAUAUUACAUAAGUAUGCCACGUUUGAGAUUAGCAAGCAAAAUGAUAAUUAUCAUCUAGUUAGAAAUGCUUUUAAGGCAGUAACAGUACUGAUUCGCAACGUAAGAUACUACACUCUAGAAGCAGAUCAGUUGAAGACUCUACUUCUAUAUGCCGAAGAGGAUUGUCAAAAUGAUGAGAGACAGGCUAACUCCUUCUCUCUGCUGAAGGCUAUAUUAGAGGCUAGGCUAGUUUCCGAUGAGCUACAUGAAGUAAUGGCUAAGGUGUCCAAAGUGUGUAUACUUAGCGAGUCGGCGAGGUCUAGGGAAGAAGCCCGUGCCAUCUUUAUAACCUACCUAACUCACUAUUCCCCGGGCAAAAGACUGGAGAAACAUCUGGAAUUCUUCGUGGCCCAACUGAACUAUGAGCUGCAACACGGCAGAGAAUCUGCAUUGCAGUUCCUGGAUAUGAUCAUUAAGAAACUCCAUGUGGCCCAGCUAGCAAACCACAGCGAGUUUCUGUUCAUAUCUCUGGGUGCGAGUAUGAUGAACGACGCGGCGCCGGCGUGCCGAGCGAGCGCCGCUGCUUGCAUUGAAGCAUUACUACAGAAGUUACCAGCGACAGACAGAAACAAACUGUUCGCUCUGGCUGUGCAGUUCUUUAGCGAUACUAAGCCCGUCCACUUUGAAUUUGCUGCGCAACUCUGCAUACGCUUCGUCAACAUCGAAGAAUCCAACUUCCAAUCCAGACUUCCAGAUCUACUCCCGAUGCUAAGCGCGAAGACUCAUCAACUAAGCACCAACACAAGCAUCGGUAGAUUUGUCAAAAUUAACCUCGACAGCAAACAAACUGACGAAGAGACGCAAAAGGAAAAAGACCACAGUCUAAUACAGAUCUUAAACUUAAUAGAUAGGAUAACUACUAACUGUCCUACAAGUUUGAAGAACAAGAAGUAUAUAUCUGACUUCGAUGAGAUUGGGCAGCAGUGUCAAGUUUUCUUAGCCUACCCCCAUUCGUGGGUUAGACUAAAGGCAGCUAAAAUACUCGGUCAGAUGAUCCUAGCUAUAGAUUUGGAGGAAUUUAAUCAAAUUGUGUCUGGCAAGUUGGAAAGUGAUAGAGGUUUUAUAUACAAUGAUACGGAACAAGCGUUGAGGAGUUUGAUAUUAGAUUUGUGCGCUCAAUAUGUGCCGAAUGUUGAAAAGGAUAUGGCCGAACAGGUGACGGAAGUGAUGUUCGCCAUACUCAAGCUAGUCCACUGUCUGCCCUACUUCACGUCAUCGAACAGAGAGACAGACGAACAGAUAGAGGAGUCGUCUAAAGUGAACGUGCGGUGGAUAUUAUACAAGCUGCGGAAAGCUGUGAACGCUGAGGUCGCUAAAGCGCCAAUGUGUAUGAAUAUUCGAACAGCGAUAUUCACGAUGUGGCAGCACGUGAUCAGCUCGUUCGAGACGGCGGACAUACAGCGGGUUGUCGACGUGAUACUGCCGCCGAUCGUUAGAGAACUCUCCACGGGCGAAGGCGCAGCGUCCCCGGCUAAGCAGCUCGCGGGGCGGCUGGGCAAGAAGCUGCGGAGGAAGCUGGGUGAUAUCGAGUUCAGCAAGAUGGCCGCCGACGUGCAGACCAAACUGAACAUCAGACGGGCUGAGAGGAAGAAGGUAUUGUUACAAGAGAAGGUGAAUAAUCCAGAAAAAGCGGCAAAGAGGAAAUUACAAUUGAAGGAAAAGAAGAAAGUGGCGAAGAAAAUCAAGUUAGAAAUGAUGCACGGCAAACGACCGAGGCCCAAGAAGAGAAAAGCAGAAGAUAUUGAUCUAGAAGAUGAUUUAUUAAAAGAUGAUUAAAUUAUUUAAAUUGAAUCGAGAAGUUAGAAAUUCACGCAAGAUAUUCCGAGUGAGUUACUUUGAGUUUGUUAUGAAUGGUGCUUCAAAUUUAAUUCUGUUACGACCAAUGUUACAAAAAGUGGAAAGAUAUGCAAAUAAUUUUCACUACGAAUUUGAUAACUUAUU